CGGCGGACUAGCAGCAAAGAACGCAACUAGAUACAUGACGAAUAUACGUAUAACGUCGUGAAUCCAAUUGAAUGGAAAGGCCGAGUCUGUGAGUGCUGUAGAGACCUGUCAAGUUUUUAAUAGGCUUGCAGUCAUUGGUGAGCGUUGAACUCUGAAUCAGUCGUGAUACUGCUGAAUAGUACAGUACUGGUUUAGAGUCCUAGUGUUUGGUCAGUACAUCCGACCUGCAGGCCCAGGCCUUGUGCACACUGCAAGCUGUUACUUUUUCAGGCGGUUACUAUAAUUGCCUCGUGUGUCCCAGGAUUAUUGCUUCCAGUCCACGCGCACCGGCACGUUUGUCAGAAAGCCAUAAUCCCAGUCCCCAUUCAACCCAUCACCGCAGACUUUCAAAGUAUGUCCUCCAAUAAAGGCGGCCCAAAUCCCUACAACAACGGCGCUCCUCCCAAAUACCUCAACGAUUUUAGCAAAGCCCUUGCGAGCGAAGUUCGCAUCUUGCUGGCAGAGGUAGGAAAGCUUAGGGAUGAGCGCAGGCAGCUUCAAUUCGAAAUUGCUGAGCUUAUGGCCGUUAAAUCCAAACAUGGUGCAGGAGGUGAAUAUUCUCCUGAUUGGAGGCCACCUCCUCAGGAGCCGCCUCCGCCCCCACCCCCUGCAGCUUCGCCUCCUCCAGAAGAAGGCUUAACCGGCCCCGCCCGCCCAGCCUGGAGGGUCGUCCACAAACCACAAAGACGAGAAAAGCCGGCUCCCAAGAGUCUUCCUGCUCCGGCUCCCGUUCCUGCGAUCGAACCUCCAAAGCCAAAUCUGCCCGCAUGGGCGCAAUGGAGGCCAAAUCCUGCGCACGUACCAGCACCGAUGCCUGCGCCUGUUUCGCCCAGGCCUGUGACGCCGGCUGCACGUCCUGGUCUUUUCGGUCCACCAACUCCCCCACCGAAGUAGAAUAAAUCGAACAACUAUAGAGCCCAUGCAUCUAUAUCAACCGAUGUUUAUAUCCUUCAUCUACUGUCAUCAUCUUGCAUGCUCUUGGAAGUCUACUUGUCAUUGUUAUUUCUGAAUUGUAUGGUGUCCACUUGUGUGUGUAC